UUGCAUGAUUAUUUAAAAUAUGUUUUGAACUCAUUUGAGGGAGGAGCAGCUCAAGCUAUCAUAGGAGUUAGCUAGCUAGCUAGCGAGUUAAUGUCAUCUUAUAUUUGACAUCACAUGAGCUAUAUUCAUCAACAGUGUAUGUAUCUCAUUAAUAUACAUUUAUCUAGGUGUAUAUGUCAACGAUAUUGGCAGUGUUUAGGAUGUUCAAUCAAACAUGUACUGCUAGCUCUUGCCAGGCUUAAUCUAACGUUAGCUCGCUGACUGAGGUGGACAUUAGCACUAGUAGCUAGCUACAUGAAAACAGUACUGUUUUAUAAAUGUGACAUAGUGGUGAGUCUGACAGCGACUAAGUGCAGAGUCUUAGUCCGUGAGAUAUCGGUUUAUAUUGGAGGAAACAGCCAAAGGUGAACUUAACCUUCUAGGUGUAAGGGAUGCAAGCUAGCAUUGCUGUGCCUGUGCACGUUAGUAAAAGUGACAUCUCAGCCAAAGAUGGAGCACAAUGUGCGCUCUGCUCUAAGAUCUUUGUUGAGAGAUGGCCUAUUGGUCUUUAUGAGAAAACACCAUGUUGAAGUGAAGAGACGUCUGUGAUAAAAAUAUACUUAUAUUGUAUUAAUAUUAUAUUUAGGAUGUUAAGUGUUCACCACACUGCAAUUAGGCUGUGCCUUAUUUUGCCUCACUAGAAUAGGAAUGGUUAGGUGUGGAAUUGUUUGUUGAUGAGUGUAAGUAAUGAUGGCAAAAUAAACUCAUUUUUCAUAAACUCACUAUCAACUAUGCACUUUUGCAAUGUUAUUUUUUCAGGAACACUGUUGAAGUAUUUUGGAGCACAACCAACUGUACCUGCCCCCGAUGUGUCAUCAAGUGUCAGUGCCUCCACAGCUGAUGAUACAGGUUCACCCCCAGCAGACUUACAGUCACCUGAAAGUGAGGAAGAACUUUUACCCAUUGAGGAACAGUUACCAGCAUUGACAGUCACUGAUACACCGACUUCAACCUCUGCCGGCAUAACAGGUCCUUCUACAGCAUCCACUGCUAUGGAUGUCCCAUCAACUCCCUCAACAAGCACCAGCUAUCAAGGUGGAUCAACAGCUCCUCCAAUUGACCCCGCUGAAUGGUCAGCAUUCCUGUCUGACUCAGAAAGGACUGAUCUGAACAGGCCACCAGCAGUACAGGGGUCCCCCCACAACGGCCAGACCCCACCCUGCAUGAACCCUGCCUUGAUGAACGCUCCCUGGCAGUACCACUACCAAGAAGACGACUCGCCACCUCUUGAUCAGGGAUUCCCACGACUUACCAACGAGGUGCGCUCCCCUGAGCUGGUGCACGUGUCCGAGAAGAACCUGUCUGAGAUAGAGAAUGUGCACGGCUACGUUUCCCACUCCCACAUCUCUCCUCUCAAGGCCAGCCCUGCCCCAAUUAUCGUCAACACAGACACUUUGGAUUCAGUUCCUUACGUCAACGGCACAGAAAUUGAAUAUGAGUUUGAGGAAAUCACUCUGGAGCGGGGUAACUCAGGGUUGGGCUUCAGCAUUGCUGGAGGAACAGAUAACCCACACGUCGGUGAUGACCCUGGUAUCUUCAUCACUAAGAUCAUCCCUGGAGGUGCUGCAGCAGAGGAUGGACGCCUGAGAGUAAACGACUGCAUCCUGCGGGUGAAUGAUACAGACGUGUCUGAGGUUUCUCACAGUAAGGCAGUAGAGGCCCUGAAGGUUGCCGGUUCUAUUGUCCGACUAUAUGUACGGCGCCGGAGGCCAAUGUUAGAGACCAUCAUUGAGAUCAAACUCAUCAAAGGACCAAAAGGGCUUGGCUUCAGUAUUGCAGGUGGAGUUGGAAACCAGCACAUCCCUGGUGACAACAGCAUAUAUGUCACCAAAAUCAUUGAAGGUGGAGCAGCACAGAAGGAUGGGCGACUACAAGUUGGAGACAGAUUGUUAAUGGUGAACAAUUACAGUCUGGAGGAAGUGUCUCAUGAAGAGGCUGUGACCAUUUUGAAGAACACGUCGGACGUGGUCUACGUUAAGGUGGGCAAGCCCACCAAUGUCUACCUAUCAGAUCCCUAUGGGCCUCCUGAUAUCACACACUCUUUCUCUCCAGCCAUGGAAAAUCACAUCUCUUCCCCCAUCAACAGUGGAACUCUGGAGUACAAGUCCGGUCUCCCCCCCAUCUCCCCGGGGAGUUAUUCCCCCCUUCCUAAGCACUUACUGGGGGAAGAGGAUAUAAACAGGAAUCCUGAGCCAGUUUACAGCACUGUGAACAAACUAUGUGACAAAGCUCCCUCCCCCCGACACUAUUCCCCAGUGGAGUGCGACAAAAGUCUCCUACACUCUGCCCCCCUCCCAAACUAUCACUUAGGCCUGUUCCCUGACUCGGACAUCCACAGGGAUCCCAGGAAGGUCGUGCUCCACAAAGGCUCCACAGGCCUCGGCUUCAAUAUUGUGGGUGGCGAGGAUGGCGAGGGAAUCUUUGUUUCCUUCAUCCUGGCCGGAGGGCCCGCUGAUCUGAGUGGAGAGCUGCGGCGAGGCGACCAGAUCUUAUCGGUAAAUGGCAUCGACCUACGAGGGGCCACCCAUGAACAAGCAGCAGCGGCACUGAAAGGAGCGGGACAGGUGGUGACCAUCUUUGCCCAGUACAGACCAGAGGAAUAUGGGCGUUUUGAGGCUAAAAUCCAUGACUUGCGGGAACAGAUGAUGAACCACAGCAUGAGCUCUGGGUCAGGAUCCCUGCGAACCAAUCAAAAGAGGUCGCUCUAUGUGAGAGCACUGUUUGACUAUGAGAGGUCAAAGGACAGCGGCCUUCCAAGCCAGGGGCUCAGCUUCAGGUAUGGGGACAUCCUCCACGUCAUCAAUGCCUCAGAUGACGAGUGGUGGCAGGCACGCCGUGUCACCCCACAUGGGGACAGCGAGGAAAUGGGUGUCAUCCCCAGCAAGAGACGGGUGGAUAGGAAGGAGCGGGCACGUCUAAAGACUGUGAAAUUCAAUGCCAAGCCAGGGUCCUUUGAUUCCAAAGGGUCAUUCAAUGACAAACGUAAAAAGAAUUUCAUCUUUACACGAAAGUUCCCAUUCUACAAGAACAAAGAGGGUGAGCAGGAUGGCAGUGAUUCAGACCGGAGUCAAGAUGAAGUGAUCCUCUCAUAUGAGCCUGUGAUGCGGCAAGAAAUUAGUUAUGCCAGACCUGUCAUCAUCCUCGGGCCAAUGAAGGACAGAAUCAACGAUGAUCUAAUAUCAGAGUUUCCAGACAAGUUUGGCUCUUGUGUACCACCUGCUGUCAGUUCAGGGUACCAAGAUACCACUCGGCCGAAGAGGGACUACGAGGUGGACGGGCGAGACUACCACUUUGUGAUGUCCAGAGAGCAGAUGGAGAAGGACAUCCAAGAGCACAAGUUUAUUGAGGCGGGACAGUACAAUGAUAAUCUUUAUGGAACAAGUGUCCAGUCGGUGAAAUAUGUGGCUGAAAGGGGAAAACACUGCAUUCUGGAUGUGUCUGGAAAUGCCAUCAAACGACUACAAGUAGCACAACUCUAUCCCAUCGCCAUCUUCAUCAAACCAAAGUCUAUUGAUUCAUUAAUGGACAUAAAUAAGAGACUGACAGAGGAUCAAGCCAAGAAGACAUUUGACAGGGCAAUUAAGCUGGAGCAGGAGUUUGGUGAAUUCUUCACAGCCCUGGUUCAAGGAGACACCUUAGAGGACAUUUAUAACCACUGCAAACAGGUCAUAGAGGAACAUUCAGGACCCUAUAUCUGGAUCCCCUCAAAGGAGAAACUAUAAGAACUCUUCACUCUGGAAAGGAGUCUGCACUACAAGAAAAUAGUAACACGUUGUAUCAUACAAUAAUUUAUGGCGAUGAAUAGUCUUCAUAAAUAAUAAUUCUGAUUCUGUUUUUUAUUAUUAUUUUAUUCUAUUUUUCUCUUUUGUUCGGUCACUGCUUCAUUUUUCACUCAACAUGAAUGUUCCUGAAUGUAAAUGAGUGUUAGAAAUUGUUACGUCUUAAAACUUCAACUGUUUGUGUAUUUGCUGAUUUUUAUUUGACAAAAAGGAAAAGAAAUGUAAAGGAAGUUAAAUAAAUAUGGGUUUGUAUCCGUGACGGCACUGUGUAAAACUUCAAGCAGGAAACUGGAGGUGUUUCAUACAAUGCAAAUGUCUUUGCUUUGCUAAUGUAGGAAGGAAACUCGGUAUUCGAACUAUAACACUCUCCCCUUCAUUUCACAUUGCAAAUAAUCAUGUAAAGUUCAUUGUUUUUUCCGAUUUUCUGUGUACUUCCUGAACACAGCUUUUGUCUUCGUUUACACUGCCAUUCCAUCUUUGAAUCACUGUAUUUAUUUCUCUGACUUGACAUGAACAUGUGUAAGAAUUUUUUUUUGGUCACUGUAAAAUGUUGAUGUGUUGUUUUUUAUUUAAAAGCAGACAUUUCUUAUUCAGCUGUUGCAUUGACAAUUAUAAGUAAAAGGGAGAAAGCUGCUAUCUGCAUUGGAGAUGUACCACUAUAUUUUGCUACUUAAAUUGCUAGAGAGCACAAAAGCACAGAGUUAUUUAUUAUUGAAAAUAUAACUUUGAUUAAAAGGUCAUUUACAGAGCAUAUUUUAAUGAAGUGAUGUAGUAUGUUGUGAUUGUGUUAGGAUCGAUGGGAAUAUAAUGCUGAAAGAGACAUUUAACGUUCCAGAGGUUUGAAGACUUGGAGAGGAGAGGGCAGUGUUUGAAUUUAAUACUAACACACAUUUUGUCUCACGAAACUAACAGCAAGAUGCAGAUAAGUCUGAGUAUUCUGUAGCAACACUAUACAGAAAAUAAGGAAGUGAAAUACUUUAAAAAGGUGAGUUUUUGAAGAGGAAGUGAUUCAAAGGUUUCGACAGGCAGGCUGCUCCAAAUCUGCUCUAAUGACCUGAAGCUGCUCUUCCAUUAAUAUAUAAAAUAUAUAUAUAUUGGUGUUUUCCCAUACUUUUUCCCCACAGAGCUGCAACGGGGGGACACUUACAGAAGAAGGGAGUACUGCAGCUUUGUAUUAAUAUAAACCUUUGAACAUAUUUUUGCACAGAAUGGAGACUGGAUUCACUCACAUUUGAAUUCCAUAAUAUCUCGCAAUGAACAGUGUGAGCAUGAGGCUAGGAAAAGCAGUUUAAAUGCUCAUCUGGGAACCUGACUAUGUCUUAAGAUGGGCCAAAAUGUAACUAAUGAUACUGAUAAUGCAACAAGGUACUAACAAGUUAUCAGUGACCAGACAGUGAAUCUAUUGAAAGCUUAAGUCAUGGCUUGUCUGAUCUGUAUAAGUAGAGACAUGAGCCGAACACCUGACAGGAUGAUAGAGAUGGUCCUGAAUCUGCUGCACAGACCCCAGACAUCUGAAUACAGCUGUCAGACAUUCAUUACUAUUUGUUUUAGAAGUGGGUGAGCCCUGAUGAUGAGCAUAUGGUUAACAGACCCAGCACGAUACAGUGUGUUGACUGUGUAUGUGUUUACUCACCAUUUGCUUGCCUUGUUUGAAAGGGCAUACAAUAUAGUACCUCGCUUUAUUCAAAAUAAAAAUCCAUUAUGUACUUUAAGCACUUGGAAUGACUAAUGCAUCUAUCCAUUGUGAUGACCUCCCUGUUUUGUUUAGCUGCAAGGCCACUGGCUUUUAGAUUCCCAUGGCGACAAUUUGUGUGUGAUGUAUAUUCUAGUAUUAAUGCUAUUUGAUUUAGACAGCAUGUUUCACCCAACCUGUUACCUGGUAAAUAUCCUACUGACAUUUAUUGCAGGUAUGUUUCUAAUCAAUGGGACAUUUCUAAAGUGCACUUAUUGAUACUUGUGACAGAAAUGGGCACUGUAUGCUAAAAGUAAUGAAUACAACUUUAAAAACAAAUAUAAAUCACAUCCGUUGUUUAUUGUGUGAGACGGCAUAGGGACCACCUGAGGAGACUGAACUCUGACCUGCUUGUAUGGACCAUAUACUGUACUUGUCAUCCACUGAUAACACACUGAACAAACACACCUCAGUUUACAAAUGAGUGUGGACUUUCAAUUUUUAUGUACAAAUAAGAUCAUCUUUCUCUGCUCCCUUCUCAUAAACUGCUUGAGAUUUGUAGCUGAUAGAGCAAAUUUUUUCAGUUGUGAUAUGUGUAGAUCAAUGCUUGUGUUUCCAGAUAUCUGCCACCAUUCUUUUGCAGACUUUCCAUAGCGUAUAUUGAUCACCACUUGCCUUAACAGACUAGGUUUACUCUAUAUAUCAAAGACGAAAGCUUAUAAAUGUACUUUUUCUUUGAGGAUGAAAAAUGUUAUUUAAUAUUCCUUCACAUCUACAAUUGAGUGACAGCUGAAUUCAGAACAUGUCUUAUUGCUGAGGGUGACUGCCUUGAAAUUGUAAAAUUAAAAGGCUGAAGACAUUUUAUAAUUUAUAAAUCUAUCUAAAAAAUUUCCAUUCAUGUCCCAACAAGAAACGCAUUUUAAAAUGGGGGUUCAGAAACACCUUAAUACUUUGGCUCUUGCUCUUGAGGUCUUAUUGGCCAGCAAUAUUUCAUGUGAAAAAAAAUGUAUCUUGGCUUGAUACUAAUGCAAAACUAAUACAAUACUUCCAAAGUGACAUUUUUUUAAUUGUGUGGAAAUGUAAAGGAUGUCUGACCUAUGCAUGUUGCAACAGUCUUUUGUGUCUCGUGGAUGUGCAAUAUUCAACACAACUGGAGCAUUGAGGUAGCCUACCUGCUGUCUUUUAAGAUUUGAUCCAACUGCAGAUUUUAAACAUUCAAUCAGACUUGUGUCAAUUUUUAACCCAAAUAAAAACACUGUUGUAAGAGGUGGUGUCCAAGCAAUGUGUUUUGGUUACCCCAAUUAUUAUAUACUGUACCCUUUAAAGUGUAGUUGUUAAUACUUGUUAAAUAAUGAUUUUCUUAUUAAAUAACCCACAAACAAGUUUGUUUUAAACAAAUUUAAUUGAACCCUUAAUUUCAACAUGGUGGCUGUUCUGCACACGUGAGGCAGUAUUCAUGGGUCUCCUGCUUUUGUUCAGUUUUGUUUUUAAACCUUCAGCUGUGAUUAAUAAGUCUGUGGACUAAGAAGAUGAAUUAUUAUUAAGGACUCGUAGCACGUGCUUUUGUACUUUGUGUGUGUUUAUGCAGAAAGUCUGAAGAGUACCCUUCUGUGGUCAUUCUGCUUCGGAUUA